AUGGCGCCGUGGGUUGCGCUCGCGCUCGUGGGGCUCCUGCUGGGAGCCACUAAUCUCCGAGCGGCUCGCGGAGAGUCGUUUAACUACGAUCUCUCGGGCACGGACUGGCCGGGUCUGUGCCAGACGGGCAAGAAGCAGAGCCCCAUCAAUAUAGUCACAUCCGCAGUGAAGCGCGCCGAUGGUCCCUCGCUGCUGAGCCGCGAGAUCACCGUCACCAACGAGGAGCACGCCGCUGGCACUAUGUGCUCUCGCAGGUGCAUGCUGUUGCACGCCGGGCCGUCCGUCCCGCUGCCAUGUAGUCGCUUGGCCAGCCAAUGCCCUCCGCCCCUCCUCAUUCGCCCGUGUGCGCAGGUGCCCAGCAUCCACCUGGUGGACGGCGUGCAGGCGCCCAUGGAGGCCAAGUGGACGCAUGGGAGGGACUGCAGUCACUGCUGUGCUGCACCCAGUAACCAGCCAGCAGUUCCCUUGCCGUCUCUCCCCCUCACACACGCAGGUGCCCAGCAUCCACCUGGUGGACGGCGUGCAGGCGCCCAUGGAGGCCAAGUUCGCGUGCCCAGCAUCCACCUGGUGAACGGCGUGCAGGCGCCCAUGGAGGCCAAGUUCGCGUAUGUGCCCAGCAUCCACCUGGUGAACGGCGUGCAGGCGCCCAUGGAGGCCAAGUUCGCGUAUGUGAAUGUGGCCAACACCACUCGCAAGUCCGUGUUCACUGUCUUCCUCAAGCUGCAUCCCAAAGACAAGGACAACGCGUGGCUCGACCUCUGGCUGAACGACAUCCCAGCAGCAGUGAACGGAACGGCCAAGAUAGCGGCAAAGACCAACUUCCUGGAGCUGCUGUCGUUUGAUUCGGCCUUCUGGUACUACGAGGGCUCCCAGGUGCACCCGCCCUGCACCGAGACGGUUGACUGGUUCGUCUCCAUGCGCCCCAAGCUCGUCUCCACCCGCCAGCUGGCGACCUACAUGAAUUUCCUAUCGCGCACCAACAGCGGCGACCGCACAAACAACAGGCUGCCACAGCCCCUCAACGACCGCACCGUCUCGGUGUUCCGUGCCUCGUAG